UUUUGCAACCCAGGAUAUUAUCAAAAAGGGAUGAGACGUUGGGCUGGGAAUGAGAUGGAGAUCUGCCUCAAGCCCUCAACAAGGCCACCCAGGAUAAGUAAUAUGAAUGUGGCAGCCUUAUUGAGGGAGGAUAGGUGUGAUUGGAAUGCGGGACGAGUUAGGGGUAUUUUUAAUAAGGAGGACUGUGAUAAAAUUUUGAGCACUUCGAUUAGCUUGAGGCCGAUGGAGGAUGGUUUUUAUUGGGUGGGAGAAGAAAAGGGGCACUACUCGGUGAAAAGUUGUAAUCAUUUGUUAGUUAGAGAAUAUCAACUGAGGAGGUGGGGUGGACUAGACCCGUAUGUGGAGGUUUGUUAUUCUUCCAAAAGUGAAGUUAUUUUUCUGGCAGCUUAUGUCUCAGAAUGUCCCUAUGGUGGCUAAGCUGAGAGAAAGAGGAGUGGAAGUUACUGAUAUUUGUAGCGUGUGUGGCAGGGAUGGCAAAAAUUUGUUGCAUUUGUUUUGUGAUUGUGACUAAGUAAAUCUGUUUGGCAGCUUCUGGGUGCUUGUUUCCAGGUGAGGGCACAAUGUUUUUAUGAGUGGGUAAAGUAUUUAUUUGAGGCAUUGAGAGUGGAGAAUUGCUGCAAAUUUAUUAUGGUGUAUGGGUGUGUGUGAAAACAAAGGAAUGAUAAGUUAUGGAAAGGAGUGGAGUUUGAGGCAAGCUGUGUUGUGAAUUCUGCACCAUCCUCUUUACGUGGUUGGAAAGGAGCGGAACAACCAGAGAGAAUAGCGGCAAUUUAGCAGUUCAACAGAGUGAAGGGUGGAAGAAACGGAUGCGGGUUGGAUAAAGGUUAAUGUGAAUGCGGCUGCUGACGAGCGUAGGAGUGUGAGGGCAUGGGGUUGGCUGGCUCGGGAUGAUCGAGGAAGGUAGGAUUAUAGCGGGAGGAUGUCAAUAGCUACUUGGACUCCAAAGGAAGUUGAAGCAUUGGUACUUAGGAAGGCGGUUCAGCGGACACAAGAAAUCGGGCGGCAGUGUAGACGCGAGUUUCUGUCCGGCCGCCGCCAUUUGGGGUGGUUCGCGGUGGAUUUUUUUGAUGAAAUUGUUUGAACAUCUUAUUCCUUCAGUCUAGUUUAUUCAUACCAAAAUUCAGUUUAAAAGUCAAUCGGAAAGACAUUCAAAUGAAUUCUUGAAAAUAACGGUGCAGUUAAAAACGCAGUUAUCUUCAAGAAUAAAUUUGAAUGUCUUCCUCAUUGAAUUGUUAGCUAAAAUUUGGUAUGAAUAAACUAGACUCAAUGAAUAAGAUGAUAAAAAAAUUUCAUCAAAAAAUUUCACCAGGAACCGUCCGAAAUGGCGACGGCCGGACAGAGCCUCCCAAAUAUGGGCUUAUUUAACCUUUUUUGGUAAGUACAUGGGCUUAUUUGCCCCUUUUCCCAAUUUCUCUUAUGUGGCUGUGCAAACGGAGGAAUCGAGAUGGUGCGAUGAUAGGUGCUUGGUGGCAGAGGUCCUUGCUAUAGCUGAAGCGAUCCGAUGGGCGGUUGAGGAAGGUCACACGGGCUUCUUGGUUGAAACUGAUUCUGCCAUGGCGUGGGAGUAUUUUGAAGGUAAUUAAGCAGUCGAGGAAAUGGAUGGUCAUCAUUCAAGAAAUUAGAUUGGAUUUGGUCAUACAAAGAGGGAAGGGAAUUGUGCAGCUCAUUUCCUUUCUCAAGCCCAAGUUAGAUAAGCAUAUAUUAUAAAUAAAACAAGCUAAAUCACCUCCCGAAUUUAGCUAAGCGGGCCUAUUGGAUGGACUUUAUUUUUUGGUAUUCCUUCUCUUCGAUUAUUGUAAUUUGAUCUAUUGUUUUCGUAUGUUUUGGUAAGAGGUUUGGUUUGGUCCCACUCUUGAUGUAUGCAAUUUUUCUUUUCCUAAUAAAAUAUGGUAAAUGUUCCCCGG